ACGUCUACUAAAUUCCGGUGACAAAUCGAUGAUUGAACAUAAUGGAAAUAUUAAGCACAUCCAAAACUAAAUUUUGCAUCAAAUGCAACUUGGCGAUCAUUGAAGAACCACACUGUAGACAUUGCGCUAAUACAAACAUUAUGUUCUUGAACGCACCCUACCACGCAGCAGUCAGAAGAAGCAUUCGCGCCUUCCCAACGUCACCAAUUAAGGCAAUUCUAUCAGAAGCUGGAUUACCACAUAUAAACUACCAGACCAUGCGUAACACCGUGAUGCUUAUACCGAGGCUACUUUACUGCAGAAAUGAAUUAAUUUUUUUCGCAAAUCAAUUGUUCUAUAUGAAAUCUUAAGGCUAGUCGUAAGCCGUCGACUAUUAUGCGUUGCUUAAGUCUAGUUCAACAGCUGAACAUCGUAACCACUUCAUCACUUCUUAAAAAUUCAAAGUAUCCUCCAAGUGCGCUUCCAAAUUCAUCACUCAUCAAUACUCUACUUAAGUACCCAAAAUAUUCUACCAGCAGUAAUGAGUACAAACAAAU